CACUGACGUUCUCCAGCAGAUUUAGAGUCCUGGAAACUAAGUUUGCCCUCUUAAUAUUCUGCCCCCCCCCAAAGAUAUCAGGGUUUCACAGGGCCCAACCUUGAGCAUAGAUCACUCGGUUGAGGGUAAAUAAAUCCCUGCUCACGUGCAGAGGAGCUCUUACCAUGAGCUGGGUGAGGGCAGAGGAGACACAGAGCAGAGUUAAAGUCUCUGGGGUGAAGAGCAGAUGUAAAACCUUGGAAUGUGCUGCAGCUGAAAUGGAAAAUGUGCUUGUAAAAUGCCUGUAAAAUCAGCUCUGCUCGUUCCUGGCUCUGUCCUUUGCCCAAGUCCAACAGCAUCCCAGCUGCUGAAGAUGUCACACCCUUGCAACGGCUUUGAAAAUCCAAGUUGAUUUCCUGUCCUGUCUCCCUUCACCAGCCUCUCUUCCAAGAUCAUCCCCGAGCCAAUUACGGCCUUGGAAAUGUUGUUACCAAAUUUUUGCUGUGUUUGGAAAAUAUUCAAACUGUUCUGCUGCCGUAAGCAAAUGUUUACUCUGAUGAGGGGUUUGAUGACAAACAUACGUGCUCUGUUUGACUCCUGUAUGUUUCAAGAUUAUUUCUUCAAGCUCAGGAGCAGGGUUUAAAGACCAUGACAGAGAAUUCUCCUUCCCUGUAUUUACAGUGUCUGAGCAGCUGUCAUCCUGCCAAGAGCUCCCAGAGGGUGCUUUUAAAGGACUGGAAUUCCACGAUGGAAAUUUGUCCUCUUUACAGUUUCCCCAGCUCUGGGGCAGAAUUUUCCCUCUUGGUUUGAGAUCUGUAAAGGUGAGGAGAACAGGAGUGCUGGGCUCACUCACAGCUACACAAACUGGGGCACGGGAGCUGAUCCCCACCGAGAUCCCGGGACCAGCGUCCUUCAGGCUGCUCACUGAAAACAAAGGCAAUAAAAGAGAAAUGCCAAGGAAUCUGGGGACUAAAUUCCACCACACUGAGAGCAGCAGGGCUCUGUUCUUCCUCCUGCUCGGAGGCACGCUGCUUCCACGUGGAGGAGGCGAUGCUGCAACCAGCCAGGGAACGCGUGCAGGACACAUGGAAAAGAGGCGUUGCCCAAGAGAUGCCUUUUUUUCUGAGCUGGCUGAUAAAAAUAGACAGACCAAUAAACAGGAGGUUUGGUUCUUGUUCCUCUGGCUGCCGGGGAUGCCUGUGAACUUUGCGUUUGUCCGAUAAACUCUGCGCUUGCGGUGGAUGAUUAACCAGGUCCUGGGCUCUUAAAGCGGCCCCGUAACGGAGGAGGUUAAUAGAGAGCCAGCAGCACGUGGAGCAGCUCCUGCAUGGAGAGGGACAGCAACUCAAGUGCUUUGGAGUGACGCUGUGGCAGCGCACGGGGAGGAUGAGCCCUGGGCACUGAGGAGAGCCUGAGCCAGCUGCUCCCUGCCAGGGCACCUCCAUCCCCCAGGCUGCCUUGACUGGAAUUGUGCUCGGCGUCUGUGAUUCCCACCCCAACAUGAAGCUGAAAGGAGAGAAGCGGGAGAGCUCCGAGGGCAGCGAAGGUGCCAAGGGGAAAAUGACACUUCCCCUGGCCCUGGUAGCUCUGAUUUCUGCCUUUGGAUCUUCCUUCCAGUACGGCUACAACGUGUCCGUGAUCAACUCUCCUGCCCCGUACAUGCAAGACUUUUACAACAGAACCUACCUGGACAGGACAGGAGCGCCCAUGGAUGGAGGCUUCCAGACGCUGCUCUGGUCCCUCACUGUGUCCAUGUUCCCUCUGGGUGGCUUCUUUGGCUCACUCAUGGUGUGGCCAAUGGUCAACAACUGUGGCCGAAAAGGCACUUUGCUGAUAAAUAACCUCUUCUCCAUCGCUGCUGCAAUCCUUAUGGGAACCUCCGAGCUGGCAAAAACCUUUGAAGUAAUCAUCCUUUCCCGUGUUGUCAUGGGAAUAUUUGCUGGUCUGGCUUCCAACGUGGUUCCCAUGUUCCUUGGAGAAAUGUCCCCCAAAAACCUGAGAGGAGCCAUUGGGGUGGUCCCACAGCUCUUCAUCACCAUUGGCAUCCUUGCAGCUCAGAUCCUUGGUCUCAACAGCAUCCUCGGGAAUGCUGAAGGGUGGCCUGUGCUGCUGGGGCUCACCGGGAUCCCCUCCCUGCUUCAGCUCCUGACACUGCCCUUUUUCCCCGAGAGCCCCAGAUACCUGCUCAUCCAAAAGGGCAACGAAGAGCAGGCACGGAGAGCUCUGCAGAGGCUGCGGGGCCGGGAGGACGUGGAUGAUGAGAUCCAGGAGAUGUACCAGGAGGACCAGUCAGAGAAGGAGGAGGGGCAGUUCUCCGUGCUCAGCCUGUUCACCUUCAAGGGCCUGAGGUGGCAGCUCAUCUCCAUCAUCGUCAUGAUGGCAGGCCAGCAGCUCUCGGGGGUCAAUGGGGUCUUCUACUACGCAGACAGAAUCUUCGAGUCAGCAGGGGUGGCCAGCAGCAGCAUCCAGUACGUCACCGUGUCCAUAGGUGCCAUCAAUGUCGUCAUGACUUUGCUUGCUGUUUUCAUUGUGGAAUCCCUGGGGAGGAGGAUCCUUCUCCUGGCUGGCUUUGUGCUCUGCUCUGCCUCCUGUGCAAUCUUAACGCUGGCCCUCAAUCUCCAGAACACUGUCUCCUGGAUGUCCUACCUGAGCAUAGUCAGCGUCAUUGCCUACAUCAUUGGACACGCCAUCGGACCCAGUCCCAUUCCCGCCGUGAUGAUCACGGAGAUGUUCCUGCAGUCGUCCCGACCCGCGGCGUUCAUGGUGGGGGGCUCUGUGCACUGGCUGAGCAACUUCACCGUGGGGCUGGUGUUCCUCUACAUGGAGGCUGGGCUGGGGCCCUACUGCUUCCUCAUCUUCUGUGGCAUCUGCGUCACCACCAUGCUUUACAUCUUCUUUGUUGUUCCUGAGACCAAGAAUAAAACCUUCAUGGAAAUCAACAGGAUCAUGGCCAAGAGGAACAAAGUGGAGAUUCAGGAAAGCAAAGAGCUACAGAAUUCCUAUCCCCUGGGCAAGCAGGAAGAGAAGAAAGCGCUGUCCAGCAGUGAGAUGUGACCCAGCUGUGUUUGGCCUGACAGACUGUUCAGCAGGAAAACAAAUACAGGGAUUCCUCCUUCGCUGCUGGUCUGACAACCACGGAGCUGUUAAGGCUGGAAAAGACAUUUAAGAUCAAAUCCAACUGCAAACCUCAUGCUGCCAAGUCCUCCUCUUGUUCCAAGGAAAGGGAAAUGUCCUCAGCCAGCUCAGCUCUGUGACAAGGAGCCGAUGGCACGAGGUGAUGUGUGUCCCUGGAGUCCUGGUGACACAUCCCGGGGUCACAAGCCAGCCCUGGGGCUGGGUGUGGGGCAGUCCGGGCAAGGAGCACACAAAGCUCCUCUGAGGAACUGUCCCUCGUGUGUUUGAGGGCCCAGCAAGGGGAAAUUAAAUUCAAUUUGGUA